AUGGCCUCUAACCUAACAAAUGUCAACGCCGCCCGCUCCGAGGCCAACCCCUAUAGAGUCCUAAUAGCCGGCGGUUGCUACGGCGGUCUAGCAGCAGCUAUUAAUCUGCUCGAGAAAUGCGAUACCAUUGAGUCGCCCAUUCCGGUCGAUAUCACCAUCGUCGACGAGCGCGACGGCUUCUAUCAUGUAAUCGGCUCUCCCCUCGCUCUAGCCUCGGCCAGCUAUUCCGAGAAGGCUUGGGUGUAUUACAAGAACAUUCCGAUCCUGCAGAGGCCCGACGUGCGCUUCGUGCAUGGCACCGUCAGCAAAGUCGACCCCGAGACCAAGACUGCCACCAUUAUUGAGCAGCCGAACCAGGAGGAACGGGCCGAGGCAUACGACUUCUUCGUCGCCGCUACCGGUCUUCGGCGUGUGUGGCCCGUGGUGCCGCAAUCGGCCAGGCGAGAGGACUACCUCGAGGAAGCCCGUCGACACAUCAGUGCCGUGUCUAAGAGCACCGCGCCCGUAUUAAUCGUCGGUGGUGGCGCCGUGGGUAUUGAGAUGGCCGCCGAGCUGAAGGAAGUGCAGCCCAACGUCAAGGUCACCUUAGCCCACUCCCGGAGCAAACUCCUGUCAGCCGAGCCGCUUCCCGAUAACGUCAAGGACUGCGCGCUAGAUCUGACCCGCGAGGCCGGUGUCGAGGUUCUCCUAAACCACCGACUGAAGAGCCAAACCCCGGUCAAGAACGAGGACGGCACCGAGGUCUUUGAGGUGGAGUUCGAGAACGGCCACAAGAUGAUAGCGAGCUUAGUCGUCAUGGCCAUCUCGCGCAGCGUGCCAACGUCGACGUACCUACCUUCGGAGACGCUCAGCGAGCAGGGCUACGUCAACAUCCGGCCGUCGCUGCAAUUCAAGUCCGACAAGAUUCGUGAUUCGACGAAGCAUUUCGCCGUCGGUGACAUGAUUAACUGGUCGGGCAUCAAGCGAUGCGGUGGGGCCAUGCACCAGGGCAAAUACGCCGGCCUCAACAUCCACCAGCUCAUGCUACAGGAGAUCCAGGGCAAGGAGCCCGUCUUCAACGAGAUUGCCGAGGUCCCUCCCAUGAUCGGCCUCGCUGUCGGCAAGAAUGCGCUCUCGUACGGCAGCGAUGGCGUUAACCAUGGCAAGCAGGUGAUGGAGUGGUUUUUCGAGGAGGAUCUGGGUUUCAGAAUCGUCUGGGACCAUCUCAACCUCGGUGGUACGAAGGCAUGA